CGGUGUUACACGCUUUCUGACUGAAAGACGGCUAAGAAUAUGGGGCUUGCCAUCCGCAGACACUGAGAAGCAUAACCAAGAUAAAAUAAGAUAUGGAAGCUAUAUGGCUGUACCAGUUCCGGCUGAUUGUCAUUGGCGACUCCACAGUGGGGAAGUCUUGUUUGAUCAGACGCUUCACAGAAGGACGUUUUGCACAGGUGUCUGAUCCUACUGUUGGCGUAGACUUCUUCUCCCGUCUGGUGGAGAUUGAACCAGGCAAACGCAUCAAGCUUCAGAUCUGGGACACGGCAGGCCAAGAGAGAUUCAGAUCUAUCACAAGGGCUUAUUAUCGUAAUUCAGUGGGUGGCCUUUUGCUUUUCGACAUCACCAACCGGCGCUCCUUCCAAAAUGUCCACGAGUGGCUGGAGGAAGCGCGCAGUCACGUGCAGCCGCACAGCAUCGUCUUCUUACUGGUCGGCCACAAGUGUGACCUGGAGCCGCAGCGGCAGGUGAGCCAGCAGGAGGCAGAGAAACUGGCAGCCGCUUACGGCAUGCGCUACGUGGAGACCUCGGCCCGCGACUCCAUAAAUGUAGAGAGGGCUUUCACGGAGCUGACGCGCGACAUCUUCGAGCUGGUCAAAUGUGGUGACAUCACCAUCCAGGAGGGCUGGGAGGGCGUCAAGAGCGGUUUCGUGCCCAACGUGGUGCAUUCGUCCGAGGAGGUGACCAAGAGCGACCGCCGCUGCCUCUGUUGAUCAAGAGACUCCUGUCGGCGUAUCAUGCAAAACCAGUGCUGUCGAUCUCCCUCAGCUUGACAUUCCCACUACUGCAGCCCCACAAAUACUCUCAUCCCCUCAAUCAAUGUUUUCUGCUUUCAUGGUUACUU